CAAGGAGCAAAACAAUGAUUCUCAGCUUAAAAUUAAGGAAUUAGACCACAACAUCAGCAAACAUAAACGGGAGGCUGAAGAUGGCGCUGCAAAGGUAUCCAAAAUGUUGAAAGAUUAUGACUGGAUUAAUACAGAGAGACACCUCUUUGGCCAACCCAAUACUGCCUAUGAUUUCAAAACUAACAACCCUAAAGAAGCUGGUCAAAGACUUCAGAAGUUGCAAGAAAUGAAGGAGAAACUAGGAAGAAAUGUCAAUAUGAGAGCUAUGAAUGUACUGACGGAAGCUGAAGAGCGGUAUAAUGACUUGAUGAAGAAGAAGAGAAUUGUGGAAAAUGACAAAUCCAAAAUUCUUACAACUAUAGAAGACCUUGACCAGAAGAAAAACCAAGCCCUAAAUAUUGCAUGGCAAAAGGUGAACAAGGACUUUGGCUCUAUAUUUUCCACUCUUUUGCCUGGUGCUAAUGCUAUGCUUGCACCACCAGAGGGUCAAACUGUUUUGGAUGGCCUGGAGUUCAAGGUUGCCUUAGGAAAUACCUGGAAGGAAAACCUAACCGAACUUAGUGGUGGUCAGAGGUCUUUAGUGGCCUUGUCAUUAAUACUGUCCAUGCUCCUCUUCAAACCUGCUCCAAUUUAUAUCCUUGAUGAGGUAGAUGCAGCCUUGGAUCUUUCUCAUACCCAAAAUAUUGGACAGAUGCUGCGUACUCAUUUCACACAUUCUCAGUUCAUUGUGGUGUCACUAAAAGAAGGUAUGUUCAACAAUGCAAACGUUCUUUUCAAAACCAAAUUUGUGGAUGGUGUUUCUACAGUAGGUGGUAAGAAGGACACAAAAAUGAGAAAGAAGAGAUUUCAGCUGGGAAAUCAGAAAGUUAGAUUAGAAUGUAUGGGGACCCGGACCUCUCAGUUUAGAUUAGAAGUAGGUCCAAUCCCACAUACAGGUAUUGAUCGACUUACGACCUAUGCAACUUACGACCAUUCGACUUUACGACCACAAUCGCUAGCCAUGACUGCUCCGCAUCUGGCAGCGCAAACAUUGCCCAGCUGGACGUACAACAGUGCGGACCAGCUUCCGGCAGCACUACCAUCUCCACGUGCAUAUAGCCUACUCAACUUACAACCAAAUCGUGUUACGACCGGUCUGUUGGAACCAAUCAUGGUCGUAAGUCGAGCACUAGCUGUAUAG